CGUCAAAAUGGCACGUCAGCAGCAAGAUGUUGAUGAAUUAUUCGAUGUUAAAAAUGCUUUUUAUAUUGGGAAUUAUCAACAAGCUAUAAACGAAGCGCAAAAUGUGACUCCUUCAUCACCUCUGGUGGCUCUCCAACGAGAUGCAUUCCUCUACCGCUCGUACAUUGCUCAGGGCAAUUUCCGCAUAGUGAUGCAGGAGUUGAAGUCAGCAGACCCCAUGCUGCUGCCAUUGAAGACACUUGUGGAAUAUCUCUCACCGGGGGCCAACAAGCCAGCAAUUGUUGCCGAUAUUGAUGCCAGGGUGGCGAAGGGCACAGAACUUAUCAAUGAUAUAUUCCUGCUGGUCGCCGCGACCAUAUACUACCAUGAGGAUAAUUAUGAAGCAGCUCUGAAAAUUUUGCAUGGAUCUGAAUCCUUGGAGCUGCGGGCGUUCACGCUGCAGUGCUUGUUGGCCAUGAACCGACCAGAUCUAGCCAAGAAGCAACUCAAACUGCUGCAGGAUAUAGAACCGCCGCACUGACACCAAGCUGACGACAACUGAAACACCAGUUAUAUAUGUAAUAGCAUUAUGUAGUUUGUCGAAAUAAGAUUGAUUAUAAUUUAUGGGUUGUGUAAAAUCAGAUGUGAAUCUUUUCGAUUUUCGAUUUUUAUUCUUUUAGAAGUUGAAAUCGAUAGAUUCAUAGUUAUGAUUGAAAAAACCCACUAUUUUCUCAAAUUAAUAAUGAUCUUCAGAACCAUUACAAAUAAUGACAGUAAAUAAUAAUUUACUACUACAGCCUAUGACCAACACUAGAAUUGUCCUUUUUGAAUAUCUUUGCGGUCAAAGUAACAGAUUCCUUUAAAAUUUUGUCUAUCAGAUUGUAAACGGAUAUUACGAAGCGUAGUAUUAAGAUUAAUUUCAGUAUUUGACUUUAAAACACUUUGCUUAAGAAGCGCCGCUUACAAUCUGACAAGUGUUAAAAAUUUUAUGUAAUUUGAAGUCGCUGUUACAUAUGUAAAUGUCGUUUCAGUAUACGUCUGAGUCAGUUAUCAUCCAUUGUUCACACAAAAUUCUUAAUUUUUAAUUCCUUCACGUAUGGAGCCUCACUUUACAUAUGUGGAAAUAAUGUUGAUUUAAAUUCCUUAUAAUGUUAAGAAAUAUCUAUUAAAUUUAUUAUAAUUA